GUGCCGUCACUUCCGGUAGCAGGUGACAGCCAUCUUUGCGGUGAUUUGCCGGGAGGGGGUGUCUCCGCUAUAGACGGUAAACAUCUGAGCCAUCCGCGGAGCCCGAGCCCAGGGACCGGACAGCGCGUCUUCUACACAGCUCAGUGUGAAAAUCCAGAGCAAAGAUGACAGACUCAAAAUAUUUCACUACCACCAAGAAAGGUGAGAUCUUCGAGCUGAAAGCAGAACUAAACAGUGACAAGAAGGAGAAGAAGAAAGAAGCUGUAAAGAAGGUUAUAGCUUCCAUGACCGUGGGGAAGGAUGUCAGUGCCUUGUUUCCAGACGUGGUCAAUUGCAUGCAGACUGAUAAUCUGGAACUGAAGAAACUGGUCUAUUUGUACUUGAUGAACUAUGCUAAAAGCCAGCCAGACAUGGCUAUCAUGGCUGUGAACACCUUUGUUAAGGACUGUGAGGACCCUAACCCACUGAUCCGUGCACUGGCUGUGCGCACUAUGGGCUGCAUCCGUGUGGACAAAAUCACAGAGUACUUAUGUGAGCCACUGCGUAAGUGCCUGAAGGAUGAAGACCCGUAUGUGCGUAAGACUGCUGCUGUCUGUGUGGCCAAACUACAUGAUAUCAAUGCUCAGCUGGUGGAAGAUCAGGGUUUCCUGGACACCUUAAAAGAUCUCAUCUCGGAUUCCAACCCAAUGGUUGUGGCUAAUGCAGUAGCAGCUUUAUCAGAGAUUGCAGAGUCCCACCCAAGCAGCAAUCUCUUGGACUUGAAUCCUCAGUCCAUCAAUAAGCUAUUGACAGCCUUAAAUGAAUGUACUGAGUGGGGUCAGAUUUUCAUCUUGGAUUGUCUUGCUAACUAUGCUCCUAAAGAUGACCGUGAAGCACAGAGUAUAUGCGAAAGAGUGACACCACGGCUCUCACAUGCAAAUUCAGCUGUUGUUCUCUCUGCUGUGAAAGUUCUGAUGAAAUUCAUGGAGCUCCUGUCCAAAGACCUGGACUACUAUGGAACACUACUGAAAAAGCUAGCCCCUCCACUAGUUACCCUCCUCUCUGCGGAACCUGAGCUGCAAUAUGUUGCACUACGCAACAUCAACCUGAUUGUGCAAAAACGACCAGAGAUAUUAAAACAUGAAAUGAAGGUGUUCUUUGUGAAAUAUAAUGACCCAAUAUAUGUGAAACUGGAGAAGUUAGAUAUUAUGAUACGCCUAGCGUCUCCUGCAAACAUUGCACAGGUUCUAGCAGAACUUAAGGAAUAUGCCACAGAGGUUGACGUUGAUUUUGUCCGAAAAGCUGUGAGAGCCAUUGGGCGCUGUGCGAUUAAAGUGGAGCAAUCUGCUGAGCGUUGUGUUAGCACUCUACUGGACCUUAUCCAAACCAAAGUGAAUUAUGUUGUACAGGAAGCCAUUGUUGUUAUUAAGGACAUUUUCAGGAAGUACCCUAACAAGUAUGAGAGUGUCAUUUCAACAUUGUGUGAGAAUCUGGACUCACUUGAUGAGCCCGAAGCCAGGGCUGCCAUGAUCUGGAUUGUUGGGGAGUAUGCAGAGCGUAUUGACAAUGCUGAUGAGCUGCUUGAGAGCUUCCUGGAGGGUUUCCACGAUGAGAGCACACAGGUUCAGUUGCAACUUCUGACAGCUAUUGUGAAGCUAUUCUUGAAGAAACCAACCGAAACACAGGAAUUGGUGCAACAAGUGCUAAGCUUGGCAACACAGGAUUCAGAUAAUCCAGAUCUUCGUGACCGUGGCUACAUUUACUGGAGGUUGCUCUCAACAGACCCAGUUGCUGCAAAGGAAGUCGUACUGGCAGAGAAACCACUGAUCUCUGAAGAGACAGACCUCAUCGAGCCCACUCUUCUUGAGGAGCUGAUCUGUUACAUUGGGACGCUGGCAUCCGUUUAUCACAAGCCUCCAAGCGCCUUUGUGGAGGGGAGUCGAGGAAUUGUUCCGAAGAGAUUACCUCCACGGACAGGCUCCAGUGAGAGUCCAGAGAGCCCAGAAGUUGUCCCUGUAGGAGCUCCACCUACUGAGACACAUGCUUCUGUUAUCCCAUCACAGGGUGAUUUGUUGGGUGAUCUCUUAAACCUGGAUCUUGCUCCACCCAUCACCGGACCACCAAUAACCACAAGCACUGUGCCGUUGGCAGGUGUAGAUCUCUUAAGUGGUGGCCUCGACAGUCUGUUGGGAGGAGACACAAGUGCUGGCUUACCUAUCAAUUCUGGUUUUGCUGCACCCUUGGUGGGUCCUGCUAGCCUUGCCCCUCCUAUCUCUGGAGGUCUUGGUGAUCUCUUUGAUUUGGGCCCUGGAACGGGUAUGGUGACCGGAUCCUUUGUGCCUCCAAAAUCUGUAUGGCUGCAUGCAAUGAAGGGGAAAGGCCUGGAAAUUAGCGGCACAUUUGCACGAAGAUCUGGAUCUGUUUUCAUGGAUCUGCAGUUCACCAAUCGCGCACUUCAAGUUAUGAGUGAUUUUGCCAUUCAAUUCAACCGUAACAGUUUUGGUCUGGCGCCUGCUGCUCCACUUCAGAUACCUACUCCCUUAGCACCCAACCAGUCCACAGACAUCUCCCUCCCUCUAAACACUAUUGGGUCUGUCAUGAAAAUGGAACCUCUAAACAACCUGCAGGUUGCAGUGAAAAACAAUAUUGACGUUUUCUACUUUAGUGUUGUGUAUCCUCUACACAUCCUGUUUGCUGAAGAUGGGAAAAUGGAGCGACAAAUGUUUUUGGCCACUUGGAAGGAGAUUCCUAAUGAAAAUGAAGCUCAGUUUCAAGUUAGGGACUGUCCUCUAAACUCGGAUGCUGUCAGUAAUAAGCUGCAAGCCAGUGACAUCUUCACAGUGGCCCGACGCACAGUGGAAGGGCAAGACAUGUUGUAUCAAUCCAUAAAACUCACAAAUGGUAUCUGGGUAUUGGCGGAGCUGCGAAUGCAAUCUGGAAGCUCUAACUUAGCACUCUCUAUACGAUGUCGUGCUCCUGAAGUAUCCCAAUUCGUCUUCCAAGCGUAUGAGAUAAUCCUGAAGAACUAAGAUCUUCCUUUGUGUUCUGGCUUCCAGCCAUAGUGAAGAUCACUAUCCUUCUGCCAGAGGUUGGCCAUGAAGAAAGGCGGCCACAUGUGCAUGUCUGUGCAACCUUUCUAGACAAGAAAAACAAACAUGGACCAAAUAAUGAAAAGUGUUGAUUUUAUGCUCUUAUUCCAAAACUUUCCCAAAUGUAACAUCUUCAUUGAAACUAUUGACAGUGAAGUGGUUACGCAAUGUCUUUUUCUGUUUGGUAAGUUUGGUAUAUAGUUAGGCUCUUUUACCUUUCAACAGAUCUUGGAUUAAAAUGUGUAAAUAUAUAUAAAAAAAAAAAAAACAACCUCUUCCAAUUUUGAGUUUGACCAUAUUUUUGUAAAUGAAGAUCUUUCUCACUCUAUUGAUUGCCGGCAGAAGUAUUGCAUUUUAAGGCUGCCGAAAUAGUCUCAUUAGCCAGUUGAGAUGCUUCAACUGUGGUUACAACAAAAGCAGGUCUCCAUUUUAAUUUAAUUCUGUUAAAGAUCAUACUUUAGUUAGAAGGUUGAAUUAACUUACUAACCAAUGCAAAUGAAGGUCUUCAAAUUCAACGUCGUAAAAAAACAAACAUUUUUCAGAUUUCCUUUCUUUUUGUUACACUAAAUUGUGCUGAAAUAAUUUGUAAAGGAAAAAAUAAUCAACCCCCUUUUUUCUAGUUGAUUAUCUAUCACAUUAAUACAUGGCACAAUCAUCUCAAAACUAUUUUUUCAUAAACCGCUUAAAUGGAAACAUAAACGUUGUAAACUCUUUUGGCUAAUGCAGUGUUUUGCUGACAUUAUUUCUUGCAUAAACCUUUGAAUUGCUCUCAGCCAGUGCACCUAUACAUGGCUAGCAAAUCUCAGAGUACCCUUUUUCUCACAGUACUUUUUUCUUUCUUUCAUAUUUUUAAAGGUGUUUUAAAUACUGGCUUUUGUACUCUUGUGGUUUUUGCUCUGCAGUCCUUCAAAAUUCUCACUGUUUAAUAGUUGGGUUUCUUUUUUUGUUAAACUUGCAAUCAGAAAGAUGGGCACUUUUCCAUCUGUGAAUCAUGAAAAAGAGGGCAUUUUCCUCCAUACUCCACUUCUGUUCUGAGUAAUGAUUAAUAUAUACAUAUAUAAAUAAAAAAAAAUAUAUUGUAAGUCUUCUCUGUGUAAGAUGAUGAAAUUAAAUAAAAGUUGUAGAUGGUGUUCAAAACAGUACUUUUAAUCAGAUAUAUUUGAAACUCAGUUUGACAUAGUCUUCUUAUUAAGGAAAGUAGCUAGUACAGAGUUUAGGAGCAUAGAGAGGACAUCUGUGAACUCAUUUUUCCUUUAUUGGUUUAGAGAUUUGCUGCCUAAAAAAAUUAAAGCAAUUUUCUAUGUUUAUGCCUUUUA